GGGAGAGGGGCCGCGCCCCCCGCGCCAUGUCGGCCGAGAGGCGGCUGCGCUCGGGCCGCGGCGGCGAGGGCAUCAAGUUGUCAGCAGAGGUCAAACCAUUUGUUCCAAAGCAUGCGGCGGUAACUGUGGCAUGGUCAGAACCCUCAGAAGCAUGUGUCUUUCCUAGGUACUUAACUACAUGCUACCCAUUUGUUCAGGAACCACCUUUGGAUAAUGUUCUGGGAGAUCCUGCCUUCCGUGAAUACUCCAGCUGCUCUUACUCACCUGAUGUUGUUGCAAAUGUGUAUCCAGUAGCUGGCUCACAGUGUCAGUCUAACAACUCAACACACUGUAAUGGUUCAGGAAUAGGCAGUGAAUCUGCUGAGCAAACAUAUCCAGUCAGACAAGAAAAUAAGAGUCUUUCAAAGCAGAGGAGAUCAAAAGAAGGUGAGAAAAAACUGGACAAGAAAAAGCAUGAUGGAGGUGAAGCUUCUGUCAAAAUUGUGAACAGGACUUCAUUCCAGGCUUCUACGCACAGCAGAGAGUCUGUGAAGCCAGACAGGUUCAAUAAAACUACAAACAAGAAGUCAACUGAAACUGCGAAACCAGAGUCUUGUCCUGUACCCACAUUUGAAACUAGCUUUCUGAACUUCCACAAGUCACAGAGUUUGGAAAGCAGUGAAAUACUGAAUGAGCACCAUAAAGGUACACCGGAAGAUACUUCUACAAAAAGCAAAGCUUUGCCAAAAGCUUCAGAUGAAGCAGGAGACAAUUUAUAUCCCUCUUCACUUGAUGGUAGGGUGUCAUUUCCUGAAGCACCUGCAGAUGGCUCUGCUCAGCCACAUGUGUCUUGGGCCGUGAUACUUUCGCAGCCCCCAAAGAAAAUUGUUUCAUCACCAGAAUCUGAAGGUCUUUCCAGAGGGAAGGGGAAGCAGGAGAGUGAACCAAAGCAGUCAGGAACAAAAGAUAUUGCGAGUGAAACUGAACCUGAAGAAGGGUCAGAAAAGAAGAAAAAAAAGAAGAAAAAGAAGAAAAAACUAAAGUCACGCACUGACAUAGAAAGACCUCAGAGUGAUUCUAACAUAGUACAGCAACCACCGAAGAUUGAGGAUGUUGAGGAGUUUCCUCAUCUGGCAGCUGCUUCUGAUAGGAGAAACAGGGUGGGACCUCAGAAACCAUCUUUUACUUCUGCAGUCAGAAAGCAGCCUGAAAACCAUCUCUCUGAAGAGCCUUGUGACAGUCUGUCUCCCUCUCUUGAUGAAAAUCCCAAGGUGGAUGGGUUGUUAGGGAAACAAGCUUCAUCUUCUGUAUUAGAAAGAAAGAAAACUCAGCGGCGGGUGUUUCUAACUGGUGCUGAACUUGCUCAGGAAACAUCCAGGAGCAGUGGUAAAAAGAGUCAAAUUCCAGUGCAGUUGGAUUUGGGUGGAAUGCUUGCAGUCUUGGAGCAGAAGCAGCAAACAGAGAAGUCAAAACCAUCUCCUAAACCUGUGAUAUUUUCAGUUGGUGGUGCCAUACCAUUGCUAUCUAAAGACCCUGCUACAGCCACCAGAAGUCAUCGUUUAAACCAAGGAAAGAUGCCUCAUAAUCCAUUGGAUUCCAGUGCUCCUUUAGUGAAGAAAGGGAAACAGAGAGAAGUACCUAAAGCAAAGAGACCAACACCUCUUAAAAAGAUUAUUCUGAAAGAAAGAGAACAAAGAAAACAGCAGCACCUGUUAGAACAGAAAGGAGCAACAAAAGAUGAAGAUAACAUUUGUCAGAAAGCAGGAAAUGUUACUGAAAACGCAACACUUCUACAGGAUAGUCAAGCAGUUGUUCCAGUAAUACAAGUUGCUGAAGGUUUUCCUGAGCAAAAGGGGAUCAAGGAAUCUGAAGAAGAUUCUGUGACUUCAAAGCAGCUAACUGCCACUCUUCCAAAAAUCCACAGCAGGAAUUUUAGAGAUUACUGCAGCCAAGUACUUAGUAAAGAAGUUGACAGUUGUGUGACAGAUCUCUUAAAAGAGCUCGUUCGUUUCCAAGAUCGCUUGUAUCAGAAAGACCCAGUAAAGGCCAAGAUAAAACGCAGGCUUGUUAUGGGUCUUAGAGAAGUUCUGAAACAUCUGAAGCUGAAAAAACUGAAGUGUGUCAUCAUCUCUCCUAACUGUGAAAAGAUUCAGUCAAAGGGUGGGCUGGACGAGACUCUACACAACAUUAUCGACUGUGCCUGUGAGCAGAAUAUCCCGUUUGUUUUUGCCCUUAAUCGCAAGGCCCUGGGCCGCUGUGUGAAUAAAGCAGUGCCUGUGAGUGUGGUGGGAAUUUUCAGUUAUGAUGGAGCACAGGACCAUUUUCAUAGAAUGGUACAGCUGACAACAGAGGCUAGGAAGGCCUACAAAGAUAUGAUAGCAGCUUUAGAAGAAGAAGCUAAAGCAGGAUUAAGAGAAACCCAACCCAACAUCUUAACUCCUGAAUCUGAAAAAAAUGGCUUGUUAGAAACUUGUAAAACAUCUUCCAAAGACUCAGAUGAGGAUGUACCAAAUUACAUUAAAGUCUGGAAGAGAAAACUUGAAGAAGAAUAUAACCCAUAUGCUCUGGAGUUGGAAAAAAGUGCAACUGCUGACAUGGCGAUACUGAAUUUGGAAGACCAUUAGUAAAUCCAGAUCUAGCUCUAUUGGGCUUUUAAUUUUUUUCUGUUAGAUCCCUAGGAAGAAGGUAGCAAAAUAACAUAAUCUCAAGAAAUAUCUGAAGUUAGCUAAGCAAAUUGUUCUGAAUCCCUCCCUUGGAGCACAUGAGGCACUGGUUAAUGCUUUUAUGUUCUGUAUGUUUCUCUGAUUAUUAUAGCAGAUGACAGCACAAAAUUGUUGUAGCCCCAAACCACUUGAACUGGCUUGACAUACUUCAAUACCUUUACAGACUAGCAUUCAUUUCUUGGGGUAGAAUAUACCAGAAGAACCUGACAGAAAAACAGUUUUCUUCUGGAAGAGAUUGCUUGAGCCAGAAGGGGCUUAAAGGAGAGUUGUCCUUCAUUUUUAACUCCUGUAUAAAAACGUUCAGCUGUUGUUUGAUUGUGGGUUUGUUCUUAGUUUUUCUUCUAAACAAUGCUAUCCAUGUCACUGUGUUCUAGUCAGCAACAAGUUAAUUUGGGGCAGGUAGCUUGAUUUAAACUAAUUAAGGAAAGCCAUAAUGACAGAGUUCCUAGUUAGCUCUUCUGUGUUGUCCUUUGGGGAUCAUACAUCAGGUGUGAAGGAGAUAGCACAGACUCCUAGGGUCUGAAAUUCCUGAAGUGAAUGUGCUCUGUUCAGACAUUUUAUAAAUCUGAUGUUUCUGCUGGUACUAAGAGUAGUUUUAUCAUAGAUCCUGCUUUGAAGUUAGAGGAUACUGUAGGACAGCAAAUGUGCUAGCCUGCUUAUCUGUACUGCUCCCUGCUGAGACACCUCAUUCCUUCAGUUUGGGGUUGUGUUGGUAUAUACAUCUAUGAGUUUUUGAGCAAUCUCAGUUUGUAUCUAAACAGAAAAAAAUUUAUAUCUUA